AUGAUCACCAUCGUGACCGAGGGCGAUCAGACCUACCCCGUCGAUGUCGACGCCAGCAUCGAAGUCGAAAACCUAAAGGCGCUCAUCGAGGCAGACUCGUCCAUCCCCGCCUCCCACCAGCAGCUCUUCCACAACGGAAAGCUGCUCUCAGACGACACAAAGACGCUCUCGUCCUACGGCGUCGGCUCAGACGACCUCGUCCUCCUCAGGGACGCUCGUGCCGCCGCACCGCCAGCCUCCUCGUCUUCUUCCUCUUCGUCUGCCUCAGCGCCGCCUUCAAACGAACACGAGGCGGCCGAGCAGCUCAGGCAGCAGAUCCUCUCCGACCCCACCACUAUGGCGCAGCUCCGCGCCAGCCGUCCAGAACUCGCCGACGCCGCCUCGUCGGACCCGGCACGCUUCCUCGAGCUCGUCCGCGCCGAGCGCAACAAGAUGGCCGAGGUGCACGCCGAACGCCUGCGCGCGGAGGCGCAGCUCGCGGCCGCCGACGAGUUCGACAUCGAUGCGCAGCGCAGGAUCGAGGAGGCCAUCCGGCAGGAGCGCGUCAUGGAGAACCUCGAGCACGCCAUGGAGUACAGCCCCGAGUCGUUUGGCCGCGUCACGAUGCUCUACGUCGACUGCAAGGUCAACGGCACCGACGUCAAGGCCUUUGUCGACUCGGGAGCGCAGGCCACCAUCAUGAGCCCCGAGUGCGCCGAGCGCUGCGGCAUCAUGCGCCUCCUCGACACGCGCUUCGCCGGCAUCGCCCGCGGCGUCGGCACCGCAAAGAUCCUCGGCCGCGUCCACAGCGCCCAGAUCCAGCUCGGACCCACCCUCUUUCUGCCCUGCUCGUUUACCAUCAUGGAGGGCAAGGGCGUCGAGAUGCUCUUUGGCCUCGACAUGCUCAAGCGGUACCAGGCCACCAUCGAUCUUGCCCAGAACUCGCUCGUGAUCCAGGGCAACAGGAUCCGCUUCCUCGACGAGCACGAGCUGCCGCAAGAGGCAAAGAUGGAGUACGAGGUCGACGAAAACGGCCAGCCGGUCCCCGCGUCGGCAAAGCCCUCCGGCGGCGGAGCACCUGGGGCGGGGGCGGCGGCAGGAGCUCUGGGAGCCGCCUCGGCCAAUGCCAAUGCGGCGGCGGCUGAUGCGGCGGCCAAGAGCGCAUCGUUCCCCGGCGCUGGGCAGAGCAUUGCAGGGAUCGGAAGCGGGACGGCGGCGUCGUCGAGCGGACAGGCGCAGCCGAGGGCGGCGCCAGAGUCGUACGGCUUCUCGUUCUCGCAUCCUCCAGCAGCAGCAGCCGCUUCAUCCUCGUCGACUGCUGCUGCCGGUGGCGGCGGCGGCGGCGGCGCCGCCGCCCAAUCGCCAGCGACGACGUCGCCGACAGCCGCUGCGAGGACAGCAGCACCGAGGGGUGCGGCAGGUGCCACCGGUGCGGCUGGAGGAGCGAGCCGGUGGCCGGAGGCGUCGAUCACGUCGCUCAUGGACCUCGGCGCGUCGCGGGUGCAGGCCAUCGGGUUCCUGGAUGCUGCUGGUGGGAAUGUAGAGGUGGCUGCUAGCCUGCUCUUCCAGCAAUGA